GUCAGUGUCAAUGGGUUUGGUCUCGAUAAGUUGUGUAGUUAGAUGAAAGUAGGGUUAUCGCUUUAUGUUGUAAGGCAACUGCGUACACAUGAGGCGGCCAUGCCAGUUAGCUGGUGAUCGUAUGUUAGCUUAUUGUAGAUCCUUUAAUAAGCCUUUAUAAGUGCGACUUCGCUACCAUUUUAGUUGUGGUGGUUUGGCAACCUUGGAUAGCUGUUUACGUUAGCAUUUGCCGGUAGACAUGCGUUCAUCCAGUUUCAUGUCCGCUAACUUUAUUCUGCUUAAAUGAACUCUGCUACCUCCAUUUGCUGUAACGUUAGACAUUCUCGGGUUAUUAUAACAAUCAAUCAGUAAAUGUUUUGAACGGGCUGUAUACACUAUUCCAAAUAGCAGUACGUACGCUAUCUUCCUGCGUCCAUGUGUUCAGUUAUGCGCUCAGUUAGCCAGCUAACUUAAAUUAAUAAUUGCAAUUCGGUAACGUUAAUGUUUGGUUGUUUCUGUUACAAGCCAAACGUUUGGUCGUUACAGGCAUAGUUUUCAUGUAUUAACUUUUCACUUGUUUCUCUACGUCUUUUUUGACAGUAUGUCAGUGGUCAUUAGUUGUCCAAAGUUCAUCGAGUAUUAAGCAACGAACAGUCCACUUAAGCACACAAUAGAUCACUUCCCAUAUUUUGAUAGAUUAUGUCAACAUAUGAUACAUGAAAAUAAACGAGCUAUUUAAUUUUCAAUUCAUUUCAUGUUUUCCAAGUAGCCUAUUGAUUAUCUCUGAUCAGACAUUUAAUGUUACCUAAGGUCCUAAGUUACCAUGGAUAAUUUGUGAGGUUCAAAUCGCUUGGUGUACAACAUGCAUCACAUUGUGUCUUUAAUCUCAAUUCGUGAAAAUAAAUCAAUGAUUGGCCAUUCAAACAAAUAAAGUCAAAGUACUGUGGUGGUAAAGAACAUAUCACCUGAUGUCAAGUAAUAAACAUUAAGGAAACACUGCUACCACACCCUUUCUCUCAUGUUACAUGAAAUGCAAAAAACAAACAAACAAAGAACAGGAACAAGAUUUUGUCCCAGGAUGUUAAUACACCUUUUUUCAACUUCAGCCAAUUUCUCACAGUACUACAGCAGUUUUCUCUCAGAUGGAUUCCGAGGAGAUCGAGGUGGAAAGCAGCAGUGAUGUGGGCCCUUCUGGAAUGGAAGAGCCGUCCGAGAGUGGCAUGGGCGUGGAGUCAUCAGAAGCCAUGUCUGCUGACAGCAGCGACGCUGCUGCCCCACCGCUCAUGGCCCCAGAGUCAGACUGCCACGUGGGACAGAGCUCAGAGGGCAUUGUGGUGUUCAUUCCAGAGACGAGCUCGAGCACAGAUGUGCACGGUGUUCACCUGCCUGACUCGUCCUCUGUUGCCCAGUCCACCAGCGUGUCCAGUGUCUCGACAGUGACGCAGUCUAUCAUUGUGUCGGAAUCGGCCCAGGUGGUGGUGCACUCCAGUGCAGUAUCAGAGGGAGGGAUGAUGGUGUCCGACUCCACUGCCUCCACGUCCUCCGACUUGGGCUCUGCCAUUGACAAAAUUAUCGAGUCCACAAUUGGCCCUGAUAUUAUGAAUGGGUGUAUUGCUGUAACAAGUGCAGAGGAUGGCAGUGCUGAGACAACACAGUACUUGAUCCUACAAGGACCAGAUGAUGGAGCUCCCAUGGUGGCUCAGAUGUCCUCCUCCGCCCUGUCCAGCCGCAUUGCCAUCGAAGCUCUGGCAGAUGGACCCACUUCCACCUGCCUGGAUCAAGUGGACAUGGCAGAGGGCAUUCAGGGCAGCCUGGAACCGGAUCAGCCAGACCAGCCGGGACACUCCGGCUACCCAGAGCAUGAGGCUGGCAGCAGCAGCAGUAGUAGUAGCAGUCGCCGCAGCAGCCGACCGGACCAGACAGGGGAGGUGCAGUACAUAGAGUGCAGCAGCGAGCAGCCUGAUGGCUCAGGCCAGUCGUCUCGCUUCCCCGACUACAGCGCGGAUAACUCUGACGGGCCACUGCAGGGCUAUGCCGAGUGCAGCGGCACCGAUUCCUCCUCGCCCCCGCGCCACACCCGCUACGUGGUCGAGUGCAGCGAUGGCGGCUACCUGGAGUGCAGCACCGUAGAGAGUGGGUCCGAGCGGCCGCAGCACUCGCACUACAUCGACAGCAGCGUGGUCCCACAACGGAGCUCGCGAUACGCCGAUUGCGUGACCGCGGGGCCCGAGCAGCCCGGCUGCUCGCACUACCAGGAGCGGGAGAGCACUCAGCCGGAUCAGCCCCGGUGCUCCCAGGACGGACCGGAGCACUCCGGCUACAUGGAGUGCAGCACGGGCCAGGGUUCGCUGUACGCGGAUGAGGGCACGUCGUCGCAGGGCUCCCUGGCCGACACAGCGGGGAGCAGCGGCCUGCCCGUGCAGAUGGACUGCAGCGAGAGCCAGUCAGGGACCUACAUCAGCAGCAGCGGGACCUACUCCGCGCAGCCCGAGACAGAGGUGGUCCAGGAGUGGUCCCCUGAUGCCGAAGCUGGACAGCAGGCUGAUGACAUGGUGGCCGAGUCGGGUGUGGAGGUGGGACCUGGGGACCGGGCACCCAACCUGGCCGAACUGGAGGAGAUGAUGGAGGUGGUGAUCGUACAGCAGUUCAAGUGCAAAAUGUGCCCCUACAAAAGUGUCUCAAAAGACACACUGAUUAACCACAUGAGGGACAGACAUUUCAAGCCUGCUGGUCCUCCACCAAAAAAGCGGGGUCGAGGUAGACCUCGGCGGUCAGACUCAGUGGUUCGCCAGGUGGUGGAGGUGAAGGUGGAGGAGCCAGCGGAGGAAGAAGAUGAUGACAUUGUGGACGCUGGCGCAAUAGAUGACCCUGAAGAGGACAGCGACUACAGCCCAGCAGAUAAAGAGUACCGCAGCAGACCGUCUGUAUCUCAACGCCAGGCCCCCUCCUCCUGCCCAUCCUCCUCCCAGGACAGACCUCGACGUAGGGUUGGGAGACCAAAGAAAUUCAGCUACUUCUAUGGCAAUCAGGGUAGGCCUGAAGAGGCAGAGGGUUCAUCUAAAACUAAUGGGAGUGUGGACGCUCGGCCAUCUGAAGAAGCUAGUUCCUCUGGGCUGGGGAAUGGAACCCCCUCAUUGGCCAAUGGGAGCCAAGCUGAACCAGGGGUCAGCCAAUCAGAUUCUGAGAACAAAGACCCAUCAUCAAACACUGGGCCCGAUGAGACAGAGUUUUAUCCAAGGAAACGUGGCCGGCCCUCCAAGAGGUUUCUGCGGAAGAAAUAUAAAAAGUAUAUGAAUCGCAACAGGUAUUAUAAAUCACUGAAACCCCUCCUGAGACCUCAUAACUGCUGGAUCUGUGGCUCUCGCUUUCUCUCUCAAGACGACCUCAGAUUCCACAUUGAAUCACAUGAAGGCAACGACCCAGAGUGCUUCAAAUGCCUUCAGUGCAACUAUCGAUGCAAGCGCUGGUCUUCACUAAAGGAGCACAUGUUCAACCAUGAGGGAACCAAGCCUUAUAAAUGUGAGGAGUGUGACUACACAAGUGUUUACAAGAAAGAUGUGAUCCGGCACUCAGCUGUUCAUAACAAAGACAAAAAAAAGAAGCCAGAUUUGGUGCCUAAGAUCUCCCAGUUCCCUUGCCCAAUAUGCCACAGAGUCUACCCCAUGCAAAAGCGCCUCACCCAGCACAUGAAAACCCACAGCAAUGAGAAGCCACACGUCUGUGACAAGUGUGGGAAGUCCUUUAAGAAGCGCUACACUUUUAAAAUGCACCUUUUAACUCAUAUCCAGAGUUGUGGAAACAGCAGGUAUGAGAAGACAGGGUUUAAGUGUGAGUUUUGUGAGUACACGUGUGACAACAAGAAGCUCCUGCUGAAUCACCAGCUGUCUCAUACCAGUGACAAGCCCUUCAAAUGUGACUACUGCAAAUACUCCACCACCAAAGAGGACUUCCUUGUGUCUCAUAUGGCCAUAAAGCACACGGGAGAGAAGCCUUUCUCAUGCGAGCUGUGCCACUUCAUGACCAAGCACCGGAAGAACCUGCGGCUGCACGUGCAGUGCCGCCACCCGGAGGCGUUUGAGGAGUGGAGCCAGGCGCACCCAGAGGAGCCAGUGCGCCGCCGGCGCCGGCCCUUCUUCACCCUGCAGCAGAUCGAGGACCUCAAGCAGCAGCACGAGGCCCAGGGGCUCCAGAACACCAUUGUGUCGGUGGAUCCCGUCACCCUUCAGGCUAUGCACGGCAUUGACAAUGCCUCUGUGGCCCAAGACGCACAGGGAAACACGACCAUCAUCUAUGAGCAAGGCUCCUCAGACCUAUCAGCCCAGAAUGCCCUUGAUCUGCUUCUGAACAUGAGCAAUGCCCGUGAGCUUGUGGGAAACUCACUACAGGUUGCGGUGCUGAAGUCAGACGGUAAGACGCUGGAGCCUGGCACGUGGGUGGAGGCCGAGGAGGGCACUCAGUCCACCUCACUGCAGUCCCAGAAGGUGGUGACAUUUCACGUGGCGGAGAACGGGGAGACACUGGUGCAGGAGGCCUUCGAGUCCAGCAUGGGGGAGGCGGGCGGGGAGAUCACUCAGAUCGCCAUCAGCGCCUACGAGGGCUCGGGUGACUUCAGUGUGGUGGAGCAGGCCGCCGAGGAGAUCCACAGCACAGACCCAUCAUACAGCAGUGCGGAGGAUGUCCCCACAGACGCUCAGCCCAUGGAGGUGAGCAGUGACGGCGCGUCUGACUCCGGAACGCUCCGCGAGCACAAAGACAAGUUCUACCUGAGCUCCGGCCUGACCGAAGGGGUCAUGCAGCAGGUGGAGCUGAGCAGCGAGGCCUCAGGCUCUCCUUCCUCCCGACAGCAGCUCAACACCAAAAGGUUCUCCUGCCGCAUCUGCAUGGAGUCUUUCCACGGCCGCUCCGACAUGGAGAACCACAAGAGGGCGCACAUUGACCCCAGCACCUUCAAGUGCCCUGACUGCGAAUUCACCGCCGCCUCCUGGCCUGAAGUUAAGACUCACAUGGCGCUGCAUUCCUACCUGCGGCCGCACAAAUGCACCAGCUGCAGUUUCGCCUCCAAGAACAAGAAGGACCUCCGGCGCCAUAUGAUGACCCACACCAAUGAGAAGCCGUUUGCCUGUGAGAUCUGUGGGCAGAGGUUUAACCGCAACGGUCACCUGAAGUUCCACAUGGAGAGGCUGCACAGCCAGGACCCUCCAGUCCGCAAGCCCCGACCGGGCACGUCUCAGCAGACAAUCAUCGUCAACAGCGACGAGGAGGCCCUGGCCACCCUGCAGUCAGCCCUGCAGGCCGGCCAAACGGUCAUCAGCCCCGAGCAGUUGCAGCAGGCCCUGGGCCAGGAGCACAUCAUUGUCGCUCAGGAGCAAACACUCUCUGACCAGGAGGAGGCAACAUAUAUCCAGCAGAUCACCACUGUGGACGGGCAGACAGUCCAGCACCUUAUGACUGCUGAUAACCAGGUUCAGUACAUCAUCUCCCAGGACGGAGUCCAGCACUUAAUCCCCCAGGAGUAUGUGGUAGUGUCUGAUGGCAACCACAUUCAGAUGCCAGAUGGCCAGAUAGCCCAGAUCCAGUAUGAGCACGACGGCACAUUUCUGCAGGAGCAGCAGAUUGCACUGACGCACGAUGGGCAGAUUCAGUAUGUGCCUCUCAACUCCGAGCAGCAGAUCGUCAGCCACGAGGACCUGGAGGCUGCGGCCCAUUCAGCGGUGACGGCCGUUGCAGAUGCAGCCAUGGCGCAAGUACAGACCGUCUACACCACCGAGGCCACGCCUGAACAGCUGGAGCAGAUGCAGCAGCAGGGCAUCCACUACGAUGUCAUCACAUUCUCUGAAGACUAGAAACACGCACACACGCGCACACACACACACACACACACACACACACACUGCUUACUGAUGGACUUUCUGUACAUACUGAAGCAAUGUGGGCCUGCAGAUAUAUAAGCACUCCACUAGAGUGCUGCAGAGUGGACCAGAAGAGGCUGCCGACAUUCAUUUGACGGAUUGUUUGUAAUAUAGAUAGAGCUUUUUAUUCCCUUAAAUAAUAAAUCCACCACUUGCUUUUGGCUCUUAUCUGCUGGGUGCUCUGCUAUAAGAAGCUGAAUACUUUAUGGGAGGAUGAGUAACUUUGUAAUUAUUUAAAAUUAUUAAUUUAUCGACAAACAUGUGCCUGAGCUGCUCUUACUUCAUGGACUCAGAGGAAGUUCUAUUAGCUGACAUACUUUGUGAUCAACAUUUUUUGUUGUAUGUUAUUUUAGAUGAUUGAAUGGAAUACAGUGGUACUAUGUACUAUUUUUCUGUGUAACUCCGGAGUCACAGAGGUUCUGAGAUGCUUUUGUUGUCUACACCUUUGGGCAGUAUGGUUUUGUUUUGUUGUAUGUGUUAAUCUGUUGCAAUCAUGUUUCUUACUCGAAGAGGCUUUGCUCAUGGGCGCUAGAGAUGAAAGAAAACAGAGUGGACUUCAACCUGAAACCAAAUAAAUCACUUUACAUUGUAAGACUGCU